AUGAAGCUCUCUUCCAUUAUCCUUAGUAUUUUUGCACUGGCCACAACUGGUCUCGCAGCGAAGACGUGCACCCCUAGCUUUGAUUAUUGCUCUGACGUCCUGAUCAAAGACAAAGGGUUUACCGAGGCCGAUUUGAAGGAUGUUUUGAAGGGGUCAGAUCUAGAGAAUGAGGAUGUUAAGAAUGUUCUAUUCCAUUGCACAAACCCCGGAGAAGUUGGGCACCCCAAGCUCUGCUCGAGCGGAUGCAAAGACCCAGCUACAGAGGGUAGCCACUCGUGCUCAGGCUAA